AGAAUGCAGGCCUGGGGGACAGGAGGAGACCUGAAGAAGGAGGAGAGAGACAGAGAGACUGAAGAGGGAUUUAGUGGGUGGGCUGUACCCCCCAAGGGGGGGCAGCAAAGCCCAAUGGGUCAGAAGGGCCACAAAGACUCCCUUUACCCUUGCGGAAGGACUCCCGUGAGCAGCCUCCACGAGGCCCUGGACCAGUGCAUGACCGCCCUGGACCUCUUCCUCACCAACCAGUUCUCAGAAGCACUCAGCUACCUCAAGCCCCGAACCAAGGAGAGCAUGUACCACUCGCUGACGUAUGCCACCAUCCUGGAGAUGCAGGCCAUGAUGACCUUUGACCCUCAGGACAUCCUACUUGCCGGCAACAUGAUGAAGGAGGCACAGUCACUGUGUCAGAGGCACCGGAGGAAGUCUUCGGUAACAGAUUCCUUCAGCAGCCUGGUGCACCGCCCCACUCUGGGCCAGUUCACAGAAGAGGAAAUCCACGCUGAGGUCUGCUAUGCAGAGUGCCUGCUACAGAGAGCAGCGCUGACCUUCCUGCAGGGUCCCUCAUAGAUUUGGGCACAGGAAGGGGCAGUCGAGGCCCAGAGCCUUGUAUGAUCCAUCUCAAGCCUACAGCUACCUGCCUGGGCCAGGCCCUCAGCACCUUUCCUCCCCGCAGGAUGAGAACAUGGUGAGCUUCAUCAAAGGCGGCAUCAGAGUUCGAAACAGCUACCAGACCUACAAGGAGCUGGACAGCCUCGUCCAGUCUUCACAUUACUGCAAGGGAGAGAACCACAGGCACUUUGAAGGAGGGGUGAAGCUCGGUGUGGGGGCCUUCAACCUGACGCUGUCCAUGCUGCCUACGAGGAUCCUGCGGCUGCUGGAGUUUGUGGGGUUUUCAGGAAACAAGGACUACGGGCUGCUGCAGCUGGAGGAGGGAGCGUCAGGACACAGUUUCCGCGCCGUGCUCUGUGUCAUGCUGCUGCUGUGCUACCACACUUUCCUCACCUUUGUGCUCGGUACUGGGAAUGUCAACAUCGAGGAAGCAGAGAAGCUCCUGAAGCCAUACUUGAAUCGAUACCCUAAGGGCGCCAUCUUCCUAUUCUUCGCUGGGCGGAUUGAAGCCAUUAAAGGCAACAUUGACGCAGCCAUCCGGCGGUUCGAGGAGUGCUGUGAGGCCCAGCAGCACUGGAAGCAGUUCCACCACAUGUGCUACUGGGAGCUGAUGUGGUGCUUCACCUACAAGGGCCAGUGGAAGAUGGCCUACUUCUACGCCGACCUGCUCAGCAAGGAGAACUCCUGGUCCAAGGCCACCUACAUCUACAUGAAGGCCGCCUACCUCAGCAUGUUUGGGAAGGAGGACUACAAGCCUUUCGGGGAUGACGAAGUGGAGUUAUUUAGAGCUGUGCCAGGCCUGAAGCUCAAGAUUGCUGGGAAAUCUCUGCCCACAGAGAAGUUUGCCAUCCGAAAGUCCAGACGCUACCUCUCCCCCAACCCUAUCUCAUUGCCAAUCCCUGCUCUGGAAAUGAUGUACAUCUGGAAUGGCUACGCUGUGAUUGGGAAGCAGCCGGAACUCACAGAUGGGAUCCUUGAGAUUAUCACCAAAGCUGAGGAGAUGCUGGAAAAAGGGCCAGAGAAUGAGUACUCAGUGGAUGACGAGUGCUUGGUGAAAUUGUUGAAAGGCCUGUGUCUGAAAUACCUGGGCCGUGUCCAGGAGGCCGAGGAGAAUUUCAGGAUCAUCUCUGCCAAUGAAAAGAAGAUUAAAUAUGACCACUACUUGAUCCCAAAUGCCCUGCUGGAGCUGGCUCUGCUGUUUAUGGAGCAAGGCAGAAACGAAGAGGCCAUCAGACUCCUGGAAUCUGCUAAGCAAAACUACAAGAAUUAUUCCAUGGAGUCAAGGACACAUUUUCGAAUCCAGGCAGCCACACUCCAAGCCAAAUCUUCCCUAGAGAAUGGCAACAGAUCCAUGGUCUCAUCAGUGUCCUUGUAGCUUUGUACAGCAUCCCAAGCUGGAAGACAAACUGAGACAGCUGGAUAGAGCUCCUGGAAACAUUUCAAAAGAUCCUCUCCCCGCGCCCUGCCCUGCCUUUGGGGGUCCACCGGUGCUCCUGUGGGACGGCACAACAUGGGUACCCAUGCAGAAGCCAAGCCGGCAUUUUCACCAGUGUGGCCAAGGGCCUUUGCCAAGGGCAGAGCAGGUGGAGCCCUCUGCCUGCCCUAUCACACAUACGGGUACUUGUUUUUCACUGUGAUGUUUCAGAGAAUGUAUGAACAGUUUACAUUUUCCUUAGAAAUACAUUGAUGGGAUCAUAGUUGGCUUAAAAAAAAAAAAAAAUCAACACCAACCAACCACCUGUAAAUCUUUGUUUUCACCCAUCACUAUCUGGAGGUAAAUCUCUUAAUAGGAAGCCAAAGGGCAAAUGGCUUUUCAAACUUCAGCAAGUUCCCAGCUUCUGGGACUGGAGGGACCUUCCUUUCAGAGGACCUGGGCAAUGCCCAGGACAGUCCGAGCCUCAGGCUUUGAUGCUUCUGGGGGUUGGGCACCAAGGAUGCACACAGACACCCACCACCAUGCUUCUCACGCUUCAUUUCACACCCUUUGUAACCUCCCAAUUUAAAAAUCAAGCAUGUGUGAGAUAAACUUUGAGCCUAUCUGUAGAAAAAUCAGCCUCCACCAGUAGGUACUGCGGAUGCCAAGGCCUGAUGGAGGAGCUGUGUGGCCCUUUCUGUGCCAAAACCAGGCGCUGCCGGGGGAAGGGGGAGGUUCUCAGAAACCAGUCUGCGUCCUUGCUGUAUGCCAGACUGAAACCACUGGGAAUAAUUUAUGAAACAUAAAAAUCUUCUGUACUUUGCUCCAAGGUACAUUCAUUUACUGACAGCAUUUUUCUUAGAAAUAGAAUGGUUAUUCUUG